AUGAGCACCGACGCUGUCGAGGAGCUGAGAAGCUCUCUGAAGCAACUUUACAAUAAUCCCGAGUUCUCAGAUCUCACUAUCGCCAGUCGCGAGAAUGAGUAUCACGUUCACAAGGCGGUCGUGUGCCCAAGAUCCAGCUAUUUCGCCGAGAAAUGUCGUGAAGCCAAGUCCCAGGUCGGUAUCCGUGUCCCGGUACAGAUAACCCAUCUCGAUGCUAAUGUAGCACUGUCUCCGCAGGUGGCCGCUGAUGGAUGCCUGAAUCUUCCCGACGAUGACCCUCAGGCGGUCGGGAUGGUCAUUCGCUACUUCUACCAGCUCGACUAUCCCUCGGAGCCCUCAACAUACGUGCCUCAGACCAACGGCCAUGCCCACGCGAAUGGACACACCACUGACGACGACGGUCCCAACGGAUCCAUCAAGUCAGACGACGUGCCCCUGGACAAGGACAUUAAGGCGGAGGACCCGGGAGAAACUCUGGAUGAUUUCCUACCACCCCAGCCACAGCGAACCACCAAGAAGCAGAAGAAGCGCGCCAAAGCCCAGGCGAAGGCUGGACUGGGUUCGCCCGAACCCCAGGGCGACUCCCUCGCGUCUCAAGUUGCCCUCGAGGCAUCUCUCAGUCAUGACAACCACAGCGAGGGAGGUGGUGCGGUGCUCGAGUCGAAGCCGCCCGCCACUCGCAACGGCAACAUCGCCGUCGAUGCUAAGCCAGCAGCCGCGUCCGUGACGAACACCAAGACCAACGGCAUAGAACCAGUCGCAGCCAAAGGCACCAAGAGUCUCGUCCUGCACGCCAAUGUGUAUGCGCUGUCCAGGAAAUACGGAAUCGCCGGCCUGCGGUCCCUAUCGUUUGACAAAUUCCAGGCAGAGGCCGACAGCCAGUGGCACACGGAGGAAUUCUUGCGCGCGGCGGAGAAGGUGUACACCUCGUGCUCCGACGGCGACGACGACCGCAAGAUGAAGGACGUGGUCGUCGGCAUGAUCUGCCGUCAUGGCGAGAUGAUGGAUAAGGCCGAGACGCAGAAGGUCAUGCGGACCCUGCCCAAGGACCUCAUGUACGACAUCUUGAUGCAGGUGCGACAGCAGGGCGGGUUUGCCAUUUGA